AUGCUCUACAGCACCCUUUUCCUCGCCCUCCUCGUCGGAGGAGCGGUGGCUUCUCCUACAUCUCCCACCGACUGCCCUAAUGGCGUCUGCGGAGGCGUCUGCGGCGAUGGCAUCGUCCAAGCCCCCCAUGAGCAGUGCGAUCUCGGCGCCAAGCUCAACGGCGCCGCCAACAGCGGGUGCAGCACCGACUGCAAGAUCGUCGCCGUCUGCGGCAACGGCAAGGUCGACGAGGGCGAGGAGUGCGAUGCCGGCCACGACAACGGCAAGCCCAACUCGGGCUGCUCCGCCGACUGCAAGUGCCUCCCCGUGUGCGGCAACGGCAAGGCUCCCGAAGAGUGCGAUUUGGGCCACGACAACGGCAAGUGGAACUCGGGCUGCUCUGCUGAGUGCAAGAAGACGCCUGUCUGCGGCAACGGCCACGCCGAGCACGGAGAGGAGUGCGACGAGGGCGAUAACAACGGCAAGCCGGGCUCCACCUGCUCCAAGGAAUGCAAGAAGGUUGCUGAGUGCGGCAAUGGCAAGGUUGAGCCUGGUGAGGAGUGCGACCUGGGCCAUGACAAUGGCCAGCCGAACACUGGAUGCACCAAGGACUGCAAGAAGUGCGCGGUUUGCGGCAACGGACAGGUCGAAGCUGGCGAGGAGUGUGACCUAGGCCAUGAGAACGGCAAGCACAACUCUGGGUGCUCCAAGGAGUGCAAGACCGUCGCAGUCUGCGGAAACGGAAAGGUUGAGCAUGGCGAGGAGUGCGAUGCGGGCGAGAACAACGGCAAGCCCGAUUCCGGCUGCUCCAAGGAGUGCAAGAAGGCUCCCAUCUGCGUCUGCGGAAACGGCAAGGUCGAAGAGGGUGAGGAGUGCGACCUCGGCGACGCCAACGGCAAGCCCAACUCCGGAUGCUCCAAGGAAUGCAAGGCGACCCCUAUCUGCGGCAACGGCAAGGUCGAGCACGGCGAGGAAUGCGACGCCGGCCCGCACAACGGCGCCUACAACAGCGGCUGCGCGACCGACUGCACCAUCUGCGGCUACUGCGGCGACGGCAUCGUCGACAAACCCCAGGAGGAGUGCGACCUCGGCUGGCAGCUCAACGGCGCCCCCGGCGCGGACUGCUCGGCCAACUGCACCACCAACACCACCCCCUGCGGCGAGUGCGGCGACGGCAUCGUCCAGCCCGGCGAGCAGUGCGACGACGGCGCCGACAAGAACGGCAAGCCCGACUGGCGCUGCGGCAAGGACUGCCAGUGGGCAUCCGGCGGCCCCGUCUGCGGCAACGGCAUCUCGGAGUGGCCCGAGGAGUGCGACGACGGCACCGAGCUCAACGGCACGCCCGCCAGCCGCUGCACCAGCACCUGCACGCUCAAGGAGCCCUGCGGCCCGCCCCGCCCGCCCGUCUGCGGCAACGGCGUGGUCGAGUACCCCGACGAGGAGUGCGACGACGGCUACAUGAACGGCCUCGCCGGCAGCAACUGCACAACAGCCUGCACGCUCCGCACCUGCCACAGCGGCUGCGACAACAACAACACCCCGGAUCCGCGCUGCGGCGACGGCAAAGUGGACGCCGGCGAGGAGUGCGACGACGGCGCGGACAACAACGGGCACGAGUGGUCGUCGUGCGACUCGCACUGCAAGAACAAGCCGACCACCUCGCCCGGCCACUGCGAGACGUGCAACCCCAACCCCUUCUUCAACAAGUGCACCAUCACGACGUCGUGCAUCGUCGCCCCCGGCGAGCGCAACUACUGCGCCUGCCGCGCGGGUUACCGCGCCAACGGCCUGCUGCCCACCGACCAGCGCCAGUUCCGCCUGCGCUUCGAGGGCCAGGAUUAUCGCGUCUUUGUCGCGCCCGGUGUCGAGUGUGAUACCCUCUGCUCGAGCCCGCAUCCGGGACCGGACUCGUGCCAGGAGGUGCCCGUGAGGGAGGAUUGCUAG